GCGAUGACUUUGCCUGUGUCGAUGUCCCACAACCUCACUCCACCAUCUUGACUUCCGCUAACUGCUUUGGAACUUCCCGUCCGGAGGCAACGCUAUCGUCCACACUCCGUCCCGCCAAUCCUCUCCUAUGUGUUUCCGCUCCAUACCCGCAGCAAGCUGUCCUUAAUGAACAAGUCAUCAUCCGCUGUCCAUCCGGCAGAUGUAUGCCCCCCAGUGACCCAAUGGGCGUGUCCUUCGAAUUUCUGGCGGGGCAUUAUCGUUGAUGUCUCCUGCAUCCCAACAAUGGAUGAACACAUAUCAACAGUUCCUUAUCAGCUUUCAUCCAACAAAGUCCAAAAUCAUCACUUACCACGAUGUUUCUUGACAAGUCCUGACGUCUUGACACCAAGACACAAUGGGCGUAUAGGUCAAGAGUGCACUGCAAGUUUGAGCUGGUCAUACACCCGCAUUUUCGCCAACUCCUCCAACGCGCUCGUCAUCUCCAAGUCGUCAAUGCUCGACACAUAUCUCGUGCACAAGGCGUACGUUUUACCAUGUCUCUCACGGGGAACUAUCCAGAACUUUGUAAUCAAUAAUACCAACCACCAUGAUUUCCACCCCUCUUCCGUUGGUGCCCAAGUCAACACCAUCCCGUACACUGUGAUCCUUCGUAGCGAUGCACAGUACCGACUCCCUACUAUUGGGUGGUAUGUACAUUACCAUACUGUGGGAGGCGGAAAUACAUAUCAUUCUGACAUAACCCUCGCGAGACCCGAAAGUGGAUUGCCUGACACAAAUUCACUCUGCUAUCCUCGUUAAUAUGGAACCUAACAGUCUCUCCCUACUCAACUGCUCCUUAUCCCGCCGAUACUCUUACCCAUCUGGUGCGUAAGACAUGCAU